AUGGGAUCUCUCUUAGCAAAAUUAAGAUCGCUCUUCUCAAGGAAAAUGGAAAUGGUCAUCGUUGGGCUUGAAAACUCUGGAAAAACCACUUUUAUCAACCAGCUCUCAUCAGGAAGUCCCGGACAAACAGUCCCAACAAUUGGAUUAAAUGUAAGGACAGUCCAACAAGGAAAUUUAACCAUCAAGGCUUGGGAUCUUGGAGGACAAGUUCAAUAUAGAACUGAAUGAGCUCGGUAUGCAAGAGGAACCAACGUGAUUGUGUUUUUAGUCGAUGCGUCUGCAUCUCAAUUGAUUUCAUUAUCAAGAAAAGAGCUUCAUAUGAUGCUGGAAGACAGAGAACUUGUAGGGAUCCCACUGCUGAUUUUAGCUAAUAAGAUUGAUAUAAAUCCGCAUAUGAGUGAGCCAGAAAUUAUACAAGGGUUGAAUUUAGAUUAUGUGAUUGACAAUCCUUGACUUGUAAUUUCGAUUAGUGCAAUGAGAGGAACAAAUAUAGAGAGGGUUGUGGAUUGGUUACUUGGGAGGGGCAAGGAGUCCUAG